AGGAGCCGCCGCCGGCGCCGGCGCAGGCACCGCCCUGCAGAACUGCAGAACUACGACUCCCACCGUGCCCCAGAGAGGCCCAGCCAGGCGGAGGAGGCGGUGUCGGGCCCCGGCCGCCCGCGGAGCCCUGGGGGCUGUAGUCCCUUCCGCCGCGGUGCAGCCUGGGACGUCAGUGCCGGCUGCUGCCGCAGUCUGCGCACCUCCUCCCGCUCCGUCGGCCAUCCCGCGGGGUGAAGGCCAUGGACGUCAACCAGCCCAAGCAGGAGCAUUUGCUGGCUCUGAAAGUGAUGAGGCUAACCAAACCUACCUUAUUCACUAAUAUUCCGGUGACUUGUGAAGAAAGAGAUUUGCCAGGUAAUCUUUUUAACCAGCUAAUGAAAGAUGAUCCUUCUACUGUAAAGGGUGCUGAAACUUUGAUGUUAGGAGAAAUGCUGACUUUGCCUCAAAAUUUUGGAAAUAUAUUUCUGGGAGAGACAUUUUCCAGUUAUAUUAGUGUGCACAAUGAUAGCAAUCAAGUUGUCAAGGACAUACUGGUGAAGGCUGAUCUUCAGACAAGUUCUCAGCGUUUGAAUCUUUCAGCUUCUAGUGCUGCAGUGGCAGAACUUAAACCUGACUGUUGCAUUGAUGAUGUGAUCCAUCAUGAAGUAAAGGAGAUAGGAACACACAUCCUAGUUUGUGCAGUAAGUUAUACUACACAGACUGGAGAAAAGAUGUACUUCAGAAAGUUCUUCAAAUUUCAGGUUCUUAAACCACUAGAUGUGAAAACCAAGUUCUACAAUGCGGAGAGUGACCUCAGUUCUGUGGUAAUUUUUAUUUAUUUUUUUAUAAAUAUGUAUGCUUUUUUAAUUGCUUAACUGUCUCUGUGCUUGUUAUUGACAUUCUUUACAAACAUAAUGGAAAAGCAAUGUUUGUUCUGCAUAUCAUAAACUGAUGUUCUCUUGUCUUUUUAUGUGCAGCUAAUCAUUUAAAUGGUUAGCUCUUUCUUUAAUACCCAUUGUUGAAACUAGAACUUGAUAGCUACAGAUUCUUGUGGGGGGUCCUCCUAUAAAAUAUCUCACCAAAAUUGUAUUACAUCUAUUAUUUGAAAAGAGAAUUUAUUUCCUUCUUAAUUUUUUCUGCUUUUGACCCAUGGAAAUGUAGGUUUCACUACAGUACUGCUUGUGUAAACUGUGACAGAACUUUUCACAUCUGGUUGGUGGAGACAGUGGGUUUGAGGAGAGAGCAGCAGUUGGAUGUGUUUUCCUUCCUUUGGCUAGCUGGAACUGCACUUCACAAUUUUAAUUGCAUGUAACAGUUGAUUGAAUUUCUAUGUUACUUCUGCAGUCUGAUUUCACUUCAAGGCGUGUUUUGUAUUAAAAUAAACUGCAUAUUUUGAAAAGUUGUUUUUUUUAAACAUGUAAUACUAAACCAAAUUAGGAAUAACACAAAACUAACUUGCUUUUUCAUUAUGCUGCUUGUUUUUUCUAUUCUCUCUCAAAUUAGCUUUUUUAAACUUCUGCCUAUGGUUGCUGUUUUGAAAACUACUAAAAUUUGGGUAAAUGGACACUUUGAGCAAUGGAUUUAUGGGAUAUAAAUUGUAUCAACUUAAGUGACAGUCAGGUGGUAGUAGUAACGAUUAUGAGAACCAUGUUUUAGUUGGGGUUAUUUCCAGUUCCUGCAAGCAUGAAGUGCCUCAGUAACCCACUGAGGUUGCACAGUUUUCAUUUCUAUAUAGAUGCUGCUUUGUAUUCAAUGUGUUUAUAAGGCAACACAAAAAGUUAUAUAAUUAUUCUGUAUUUCACUUUCUAACACAAUUUUUUGAGACUGAACAUAUUUUGGAUAUUUUGUCCCACUUUUGUUUUGUAAUUUACAAGCAGGACUCCAUUUGUAUAAAGAAUAAUUUUUUUAACACCGAUCAAAAAGAAGCUAUAAGUUUUGUUCCACCUUCCCCGCAAAAGUACUUUCUUAAAAUUUACCAUAAAAAAAUACUCAAACUGUUUCAAUCUGAAUCUGUAGAACAGACUAUUUCAGUUGGAAGAGACGUACAAGAAUCACUUAAUCCAAUGGCCUGAAUCAGUGACUCUUGUAAAUGCAAAUUUGGUAACCUCCUCUUUUUAAGUGGCACUUCUUUAAUUGUAGUUUUCACUUUUCUGGGGGCUCGUAUCUCUAUAAUAAAUGGAGUCUUCCAUAAUUAUUAUAUCCUGAGAUUUUUAGACAUGCAAAGUGAUUUCACUGGUCUGCAAUUUCACAAAAGAAGUGAGGCAAAAAUUUCUGUAGUUCCAUGGUUUUUCAUCUUCUGUAGUUUAAGUCUAUAGCUUCCAUUUAUGUACUAGAAUUGGUCCUUUGAUACCAUCUCGAGGCAUUAGCUUCAGAUGUCUGAAGUCAGAGCACCAGUUAAAUUGUUGGAUGCAUACAACAUUGAUAACAUUUGGCGUGAUGGAACUGAGUGAGAGAAGGGGCUGGAUUUUGCAUUUAACUAAAAUGCUAGUAUUUAAUAAUAAAAGGUCAGAGCAUGUACCCGAACUAUUUUACUCCACUUAAGAAAAACACACACAUUUACUUUAAUUAUUUAUACAGCUUGAUGCACUAGUGAUCUGGCAUGGCAUGUUCUUGUGCACUGCAAUUCCUUACCACUUA